AUGGCCAUGAAACGAGAUCAUAUUACAAGAAAUGGAACAAUCUACCAGAAGCUCCUACGUCAGAAACAGCGGGAGCAGCAAGUCAGCUCUUCCCUAGGUUGUGAGACAGGGCCAGUACAAGGUCUACUAAGAAACAUUGGAAACAACAGAAGAUCCCCGGUGGUUUGUAUCAGUGGUUUUGUUGCUUGGAAUCAGCUCCCUGCAACAAAUACUGACUUUUUAAAGAAUGGUGGAAAUACCGUAGAUGCUGCUGUGGCUAUAGCUGCUGCCUUAAAUUUCACUAAACCGUGCAGUACUGGCAUAGGUUUGACCUGUUUCUGUCUCUGCUAUGAUGCAAACACAAAGAAGGUGCAAGGUUUGAGUGGAAGUGGCAGGUCUCCAGAGGCAUUGACCAUUGAGCUGUUAAAAGUGCAAGUUUUAAUGAGACAAAGCCUCUUCCUUCAUGCUCAUAAUAUCACUGUGCCAAGCACAACAGCUAGCUGGUGCGAAGCUGUUUCCCUAUAUGGAAGCAAAAAGAUUCUGCAAGCUGCUAUCAAAUGGGCUGAGAAAUGUUUUCCUGUGUCAGAGAUUACUGCCUAUCAUUGGAAAUGUGGUGCUCAUGUUUUACAAGCACCUGGAAACAAACCUGGGAAAGAGCUACACUCCUCAUCAUGGACAAGGGAUCUGCAAUCCAUUUUUGAAGAGAUGAUACACCUCAUCCCACUGUUUGUCCUUUCAUCCCUUCAGUACCAGGAGCUGACAAAAUCUGGCAAAAGAAGAUUCUACGAAGGUUGUGUUGCAGAAACUAUUAUAGAAAGCGUUCAGAAAAACGGAGGAAUAAUGGAUUUAGAAGAUCUCAAAAGCCAGGUCACCGAUGAAGUCAAACCGAUUUACAAGGAUGUGAAUGUUUGGGAAAUCCCUCCAGAUGGACAAGGAAUCACAGCUUUGAUAGCCCUGCACAUUUUAGACAAUUUUAAUGUUAAAGAUCUAGACAUUGGCCAUAACACUGCUGACUAUUUACAUGUGCUGAUUGAAGCCUUAAAACUCAGCUUCUCUGUUACUUUCUGGUUCUGUGUUGACCGUGACAAAUUUCCAGUACCUACAAAAGAACUUCUUUCUAAAACGUAUGCCAAAGGAUGCUCGGAGGUAGUUAAUUUACAAAAAGCCAGUGACAAAUAUAAUAAAGGAAAUUUGCUACUGGUAGGAAGUGACACAGUUUACUUCACUGUGUUCAAUGGUCAAGGCAAUACCUCCUAUGUCAUCAACAGCAACUAUAUGGGCCUUGGCAUAGGACUGGAACUAGGUGGCUGUGGAUUUACUUUACAAAAUAGAGGAUCCAGUUUCUCACUAUCUCCAAGUCACCUGAACUGCCUUGCCCCGAGCAAAUGGCUAUACCACAUGAUCAUUCCUGCCCUUGCUACUGUGGCAGACACUGGGGACCUCUUGUGCUUCUUUGGAAUAAUGGGUGGGUUCAUGACGCCUCAAGGACACAUGCAGGAUAUAAGUAAUGUAAGUCCUUUGGAAUGUGCAUUAGAAAUGGAAAGAGAAUAUAAACUAAAGGAGAGAGAAAAUGAAUUGCCCAAAGUGCCCUAA